GGUGCCCGCGGACCUGGAGCACAGGAUGUCCCAGGAAAACCUCCUCAGCAUGGACGAGGGAGCGCUGAGGAAACUGGCUGGCUGCUCCUGCCUGAGAUGUUUCCUGCUGCCUGAGAUGUUUCCUGCUGCCUGCUCUAUUGCCUGCUCAGUCCUCUCCCAUUGCCAGCUGGAGGCAACACUGGACCUUGCUGAGCGGCGCCGCAUUCGCUCAGCCAUCAGGGAGCUGCGGCGCCAGGAGCUGGAGCGGGAUGAGGAGGCACUGGCGUCCAAGCGCUUCCGCUCAGAGCGUGGCAGCCACAGGCAGGACAACAAGGAGAACUGGCUGCGGUUCCAGCAGCUAGAGGAGGAACAGCAGAAGGCCCUGGCCUCGUUAUCCCAGAAACUUGAAUUGAUCACAGAUGUGGAGGAGCUGACAAAACUGCUGCGAGGGGCUAGCGAGUACGAGGAGCGCAAGCUGAUCCGUGCUGCCAUCCGCAAGCUGCGGGCGGAGGAAAUUGAAGCUGCAGCCCUGGCUGGGAAUGUGCAGAGCAGCCGGAGGGAUGACACUGAGCCACCAACCCUGUCUGGGAGUGUGGAGAGCAGCCAGAGGGGUGAUAGUGUACAACCAGCCCUGGCUAGGAGCCAGGAGAGCAGCCAGAGAGAUGAUGCCAAGUCCCUAGGUCGGGGCAGGAACAUGGAGAGCAGCCAGACAGGCGAUACUGAACCACUGACUGUGGCUGGGAGUGUGGAGAGCAGCCAGAGGGGUGAUGCUGAUCCACCAGCCCUGGCUGAGAGCGUGGAGAGUAGCCGUAAGGCAGAUGCUGAACCACUGGCUGCUAAGGAGCUCACACUCCGCUCCGUUGAACACUCUGUGGCCCAUGAGCAAGGCAAUGUUGCGGAGCAGGAGCACAUCCAAACUGAGAUCCAGGAGCUAUACAGCGAGCAGCAGAGAGAGCCUGAAAAACCUAAUGCCCAGGAUGCAGCCUCGGGGACCCUUGCACUCUUGGAUCUGCACCAGGCCCCAGAAUCCUGUCCAGCCCCUGAGCCAGAGCCCAAAAAGCAUGCCAAGGAUCUGGAGCAGGGCCAGCCAAGCUCUGAGCUUGCUGCUCAGGCUGACUUGCAGUAUCAAGCUUCCUGGAAGGAAAAGAGUCCAGAUAGCCCCUCUGCCACGCGAGAGCCCGGCGUGGAGCAGCUGGAGACACCCUGCAGCAUGGGGGAAAGCUGCCGGGUAGAGCAGGCUCUUCCACGACAGCCCUGUACCAUUAGCCAGGGCAGCCAGUUUGUUGUCUGUGUGAGGGGCCAGACAGAGAAGACAGGAAACCCUCCUGUAGAGAAGCAAGCAGUGCCCACCCAGCGUGUACCAGGGACCCCAGCUCGUCUGAACACUCACCGUUGGGAGCAAGCGCCUUCCUCCCUGCGCCUGGUCGGUCACGCAGAGCUGACCUUAGGGCUGAGGAGCACUCCCAUCCGGAUCACCACCAUCCCUAGCAGCAGCAGCAAUGUCAACAAGGACCCUUGCGCCCAUUUCGAGGGCACUGAGGAGCCCAGCAGUCCUGUUGCCCAUCCGCCCACUUUCUCCAGCACGCGCCGGCAGUCGUCUGUGCACCUCUCCAGGAACAACAGCUUUAUGGAGCCAGAGCUUGUAGAGCAGCCUCAGGCACCGAGGCUGGAACCAGAGCUUCCCAAUGGCAUGGAGAAGGUCCAAGUGAGGGAGCCGGAGAAGAGGAGCAAGCUGAGUGUCGAGGAGCUGAACAGGAUCGAGGAUGAGGAUGUGCUGGAUAAGAUGCUAGAUCAGACAACAGACUUUGAGGAGCGGCGAUUGAUCCGUGCUGCCAUGCGGGAGCUGCGCCAGCGAAAGCGAGACCAGCGGGAGAAAGAGCGGGACCAGCAGCUGCAGGAGAUGAAGAGCCAGGCUACAGCAGGGCGGGCAGGCCAUAACACAGAGACCACCACCACACAGAGCACCCAGUCGGCCGAUGGCUCGGCCCGCAGCACAGUCACCAAAACUGAGCGCCUCAUCCAGUCUAACGAUGGCACCAAGACUUCCCGUAUGACAACCAUGGAGUCGAGUUACGUGAAGAGACAAGACAAUGGGAGCAGUACAUUUGUUCAAACCAAAUCAUCCUACAGCUCUUCUUCCAAGAAGAUGGGCAGCAUCUUUGACCGUGAAGACGAGAGUGCCUCAAGACAGAACAGCCUGGCCGCACUGGAGCGGCGCCAGGCUGAGAAGAAGAAGGAACUGAUGAAAGCUCAGAGCCUGCCCAAGACAUCCGCCUCACAGGCUCGCAAAGCCAUGAUUGAGAAGCUGCAGAAGGAAGGCGGGAGUCCUGCAAACCCUGCAGCGUCACGCACAGCUGUGCAGCGCUCCUCCAGCUUUGGUGUUCCUAAUGCCAACAGCAUCAAGCAGAUGUUGCUGGACUGGUGCAGAGCCAAGACCCGGGGCUAUGAGCAUGUGGACAUCCAGAACUUCUCGUCCAGCUGGAGUGAUGGCAUGGCCUUCUGUGCCUUGGUCCACAACUUCUUCCCUGAGGCUUUUGACUACAGCCAGCUCACACCCCAAAACCGCCGUCACAACUUCGAGGUGGCCUUCUCCUCUGCAGAGAAGCACGCAGAUUGUCCGCAGUUGCUGGACGUGGAGGACAUGAUCCGGAUGCGCGAGCCGGAUUGGAAGUGUGUGUACACAUACAUUCAGGAAUUCUAUCGCUGCCUGGUCCAGAAGGGGCUGGUAAAAACCAAAAAGUCGUAGCCUAUUUUCACCCCUGGGAGUGAUGGAUGCUGGUGGACUGCGUGCCCCUGGUGGAGGUGGAAGACAUGAUGAUCAUGGGGAAGAAGCCAGACUCCAAGUGCGUCUUCACCUAUGUGCAGUCUCUCUACAAUCACCUGCGUCGCCACGAGUUGCGCUUGCGGCAGAAAGAAUGCUAGAGCCUGCCCUGGCCUGCAGCAGACCAACACCUCACUGCCCCCCUCUCCCCACAGGGACGCUGGUGUGCGGAGAAGCUGCCUGCCCCAGCGGAGAGGCUGGUGGGAGGAGCCCAGUGAUGCUGAGAAAUUGGCACUGUGGGGCUGGGGGUGGGGUGGUCUCUGCCAUCCUGGGUUACCCCAUACUUGGGCCUUGCUGGAGCUCCCUCCGUAAGCCUCUGUCCCUGGCUGGCUGAGAGCUGAACUUACAGGCAGGGCAGGACGGAGCCAGGUGGACACUGCCAAGGAUGCCACCUUCCCCGCUUCCAGCUGGGCUCUCCUCUCCUCCCGCUCUCUGUUGUAUUAAGUUAUUCAGUCUCAAGGAGUUUGUAUUGUGGGCAGUGCCCCUGCUUCCUCAGGGAGGCCAGGGCAUGGCUGUGUCCCUCAGGCAUUGGACCUACUUGGGUCCAUGCAUCCGGCAGUCUGUGCGGGCUUGUGCAGCUCUUGGCAUCUCCCCAGCCAGCAGGGCCCAUCUGGCCCAGGGCCCACACCUCUGUCAUGAGUUGCUGGUUAUGGUGCAUCCAUGAGACAGAGCACCUGGUUCUCCAUGUGGCCCCAGAGAAAGCUACUCUUCUUGGCAUCUUGCAAGGAAGCCUCUCUGCCCACCACAGUCCCUGCUUGGUGCCACCUCCCUCAGGAUGGCUCCACAGCACCUGUGCUGACACCCUGCUUCCCACCGUGCACAUGUGCCUGGGGGCACUUCCACACCGGGGAUCUGUAGCAUCUUUUUUGCUGGGGAGCUGGAGGGGUGAUGGGGAGGGCUCAAAGGGAAAUAAGGGGCCUGAGGUGCAGGCCAGGGCCAUGGGCCCAGCCAGUCCCUGCUCUCCUCCCCAGCUCUGGGCACUGUGUGCUCAGCACCACUCACCCCUUCAUCACUGUCUCUACACCUGCGUUGACACGUGUACCAACACCAGCCAGACAAUAAAGGUUUAUUCUAUAGGGUGAUGCCUCUACCUCAGAUCCUUAUCUCCAGACCCUUCCCAGUGACACCACUGCUUCGUGCCACCAGAGCACAUCACCAAGGCUUAGCUUCCUCCCCUCAUCCAGGGUAUGCGUUCCUAGCCCUGCCUUUUCAGAGCUGACCCCUCUGCCUGUAGCUGUGCACAGGCCCACUCACCCAUCUCUGACUGAGGUGGUGGGGUACGUGCAGCUCUUCCUGGACAGGGGCAACUGCUGGAGCUAAGAGGCACUGUCAGUGUUUCCCCCUGGCUGAGGGCCUGUUGGCUUACCGCCACAGCCAGGUCUGGCAGAGUGGGAAAGACCCCAUGCUUCCAACAACAUCCUGAACAUCUGCUGGCUUCUUUGCAGACGCUGCAGCUGCUCUCUCCACUCCAAUCUUCUGCCAGAGUGCAAAUGCCUCAGUUGGGCAAGCACAGGGAACAGUCAGGCUUCAGCUCAGCCACUGCAGUACCCCAUCCAAGAGCCAUAUCCCAUCCCCCUGCUCCCCAUGAGAAAGCAAUGAUGAUUCAAAGCCACAGAGCCUGCGGCAUCUAACAAGUAAGGGGGCUGCGCAGGCACAAGCCCAGUGAUAUUGUAUGGGCCAGUUUGUCAGCUUGCUAGCAGUAACUGCAUACCCAGGGCCACCCUGCAAACUCCUCCCACCUCUGCAAGCUGCUCUGCCACAGAUGUGGCACCCAGCUCCACCAGGAACUGACUACAAAGCAGUGUGUGACACAUACCGCACUGAGACCUGCCUGGAAGAAUGACAUGGUGCAGCAUGAUGUGUGCAAGGCCUUUACUGUGGGCUGGAUAUGAGACCAUGAGGAUGAUGGUGUAAAGCCAUACCCUCCCAGGAGGCAGCUCUCCCACCCUCCAGGACUCAGCACAUCUACUCUCAGCACCUAGGGCUUUCUGCUGAGGGUUUCAUCCUGUCCCAUGUAGGUAGGAUACUGCUGCCAAGUGUUGUAUGUUGACUAUACCUUGUGGCAGGGGAGUUGGGGGGGGGGGGGGGG